AUGAACAUAAGACCACUAGGUGGUUUACCCGUUGAUACUAAGGCCACAAAGAGAGCAGGCCACGAGCAGAGUGAGAGGCUGAAAAGACAAAAACAAGAAUGUCAGUUCAAGAAAUUCUUGGAGAUCUUAAAGCAAGUUCACAUCAACUUGCCAUUGGUUGAGGCGAUCGAGCGAAUACCAAACUAUGCUAAGUUCCUUACAGAUAUUUUCUCUAAGAGAACAAGGAUAGGAGAGUUUGAAACAGUUGUUGUGACGGAGGGAUGCAUGGCCAUGUUGCACAAUCAAAUGCCACCCAAACUAAAAGAUCUCAGUAUCUUCACAAUACCAUGUGCAAUCGAAAAUCGCUACGUCGGAAAGGCAUUAUGCGAUCUUGGAGCGAGUAUAAACCUUAUGCCUAAAUUUGUGUUCCGAAGAUUGGGUAUCGAGAAGGCGAAACCUACGACAGUUAUGCUACAGCUUGUAGACAUAUCCUAUGUGCAACCAGAUGGAAAAAUUGAAGAUAUACUGGUAAAAGUUGAUAAAUUUAUUUUUCCCACCGACUUCAUUGUUCUGGAUUGUGAAGCAGAUGAGUUCGCACCUAUUAUCCUUGGAAGACCAUUCCUAGAAACAGGAAGAACCUUAAUUGAUGUCGAAAGGGGAUAA